GUUGCUUUUCGCUUAGGCGGAGGCAGGGAGCCCUGCUGGGCGCCAGCAAGGACCAAAACGCGGGGAUCCGGGUCCUCCCCGCCUACAUUCUCCAUCCUCCAUCCACACGUCCAUCAGCGGAGUACAGAGGAUCAGAGCGAAGGGGAACGCCAGGGUUUGGGGUGUGCGGGAGCUGCGUCCCGCCCUCUCCCGGGAGAGGCUCCGGCGAGCCUUCCCCCGGCGCUUGCCUCACGCAGCGGAACCCACCGCCUCAGUGAAGCCCGGGUGCGCAGUGUGCGCAGUUCCUGACGCCGGGCCGCGAACCAGGGCCCGCAACGCGGCCCAACCUUCUCCGCCCUCCUCGCCGUGACGAAUCGGCGCCCGGCUGGGACAGGAUCCAAAUUGAAAGACUUCUGAGGGAACCGAGGAGCCUGAAAAAAAAAAUCUUUGGCGCACUAAGCCUUGCCACGUCUUCACUGGAAGGGCUGUUCGUCCGAAGAGGACCGGCCGCGGCCCGCAGAAAAUUCCCCGGAGCGUGUGGAAAGUGCGAGCGCGGAAGCUCCGGCGCGAGGGGCGGGGCGAGCGCGGGACAAAGGGAAGCGAAGCCGGAGCUGCGGGCGCCUUCUCGGCCCGCGGUGUCUCAGAUUCAUUCUUAAGGAACUGAGAACUUAAUCUUCCAAAAUGUCAAAAAGACCAUCUUAUGCCCCACCUCCCACCCCAGCUCCUGCAACACAAAUGCCCAGCACACCAGGGUUUGUGGGAUACAAUCCAUACAGUCAUCUCGCCUACAACAACUACAGGCUGGGAGGGAACCCGGGCACCAACAGCCGGGUCACGGCGUCCUCCGGCAUUACAAUCCCAAAGCCUCCAAAGCCACCAGAUAAGCCGCUCAUGCCCUACAUGAGGUACAGCAGAAAGGUCUGGGACCAAGUAAAGGCUUCCAACCCUGACCUAAAGUUGUGGGAGAUUGGCAAGAUUAUUGGUGGCAUGUGGCGAGAUCUCACUGAUGAAGAGAAACAAGAAUAUUUAAACGAGUACGAAGCAGAAAAGAUAGAGUACAAUGAAUCUAUGAAGGCCUAUCACAAUUCCCCUGCAUACCUUGCGUAUAUUAAUGCAAAAAGUCGUGCGGAAGCUGCAUUAGAGGAAGAAAGUCGACAGAGACAGUCGCGCAUGGAGAAAGGAGAGCCUUACAUGAGCAUUCAGCCUGCUGAGGACCCAGACGAUUAUGAUGACGGCUUUUCAAUGAAGCAUACAGCCACUGCCCGUUUCCAGAGAAACCACCGCCUCAUCAGUGAGAUCCUCAGUGAGAGUGUGGUACCUGAUGUGCGGUCGGUUGUCACAACAGCUAGAAUGCAGGUCCUCAAGCGACAGGUCCAGUCUUUAAUGGUUCAUCAGCGGAAACUAGAAGCCGAGCUUCUUCAGAUAGAGGAACGACACCAGGAAAAGAAGAGGAAAUUCCUGGAAAGCACAGACUCCUUUAACAAUGAGCUUAAAAGGCUGUGUGGUCUGAAGGUGGAAGUGGACAUGGAGAAGAUUGCAGCAGAGAUCGCACAGGCGGAGGAGCAGGCCCGCAAAAGGCAGGAGGAGAGGGAGAAGGAGGCAGCCGAGCAAGCUGAGCGCAGCCAGGGCAGCAUCGCCCCCGAGGAAGAGCAAGUGGCGAACAAAGCCGAGGAGAAGAAGGAUGAGGAGAACAUCCCGAUGGAGACAGAGGAGACACACCUCGAAGACGCUGCGGAGAACCAGCAGAAUGGGGAGGAAGGCACGUCUACUCCUGAGGACAAGGAGAGCGGGCAGGAGGGGGUUGACAGCAUGGAGGUGGAAGGGACCAGUGACAGUAACACCGGCUCAGAGAGCAACAGUGCAAUGGUGGAGGAGCCGCCCAUGGACCCUGUACCAGAAGACGAGAAGAAGGAGUAAAUGUUGCCUUGUUUUAUGUGACCUAAAACUUUUUUAAAUGAAAAAAAAAUGUGUUUUUUUUUGGUUUUAAUGGUGUUAUGUGGUUUGUGUAUUAUUUCCAUUGAUACCGUGAAGGUCUUCGAUAGCAUAGCCUAAUGCCAUCUGCUCACCUUUCUUAGCUCUCAACUUCUGAAACCUCAGAACUGAGAUCAGUCGAGAGACCCAUCUCUUUGCGAACCACUUGGACGCUGCAGAAUCUACUCUUCCAAACGCCUUCCUUCAGCUCACUUGGGUGCUCAUCAAAGCCAUAGCUUUAACCCCUCCCAGACCAACUACAGCUCUCCGAGUCCCCUGUCGUGUGUAUUUAUUACAGAGUGCCCUCUUUAUCUCUGGUAUCAGACACCAGGCGUCCUCUUACAGGGUAGGGUGUAGCCUGAAACCAGCGAAACACAGAUGAGACUGUGCAGAGAUGGCCCUGGAGGGGCCGGGGAAGUAGUUACUGCUGUGGAUUCUCAUUAGGUGAGCCCUGCACGUGCAUAUCCAUAUCCGUGCAGUUAUUAUGGGAUGUGUUCUGGGAAAUUCAUCCUUAUUGUACAGGGGAAAAGAAAUGUGUUUUUACCAGAUUGGUUUUCCAAAGACAUGAUAGACAGCAGAGCCUAAGGAAUGGAAUAUUCUUAUAAUGGACUGCAGACUUCAAAGUGGUUGGCCCAUUGCAAAAGGAAAACAGGAACUACGUUCAUCCACUUGAGCAUACUUCAUAGUGAUGAAAACCUCAAGGCUCGAGAUCCCAUAGAUCAGAGCCGAACCUACCUUUUUGAUAAGCCCUUUAGUGGUGUUAGAGACUAGAUACGAGAUAGUUUGUAGUGCGUGCUCCCUGAUAUCUAGAAUAGAUUUUUACUGAAUAGUGGUAUAUAUGAUGUUAUAUGUUUCUUAAAAGCCCAAACAUAAUAAAGAAAUUAAGACAAA